UGAACCUGAUUGCACACCAGGUGUGACAGACCGCAGCUGCACAGUCCACCCUCCAAAUGAACCUGCUAGGAAACAGAGCAGCAAGACAAGACUGCACUGCCUGCAACCUGACAGAGAUAGAAAUAUUUUCGAGCGCUAAUGGAGCAUGAAAGCCAACUUAAUUAUUUUAUUAACUUCAGAAAACCUAUCUUGGACAAGAAAAACUGCAACAAAAGCCCUCUUUUGGUCUGCCAAUCUAAAUGUCUUGAUAUAUUUUUCCCUUUCAGCUGAGUGGUGUUAUCAGAGCCAGACCUGUGAUGACACGUGCAAAGACCCAAGCCGCUGGGCAGCUCUGUUUCCCAGAUGUGGAGGAUUACGGCAGUCGCCAGUUAACAUCGUGACCAAUAAAGUACAUUUCAGCAGUGCCCUGCCUCCCUUCAGCUUCAUCGGACACGCAGACUUAAUCAACAUUACAGUAGAGAAUAAGGGCCACUCUGCUCACUUUGCUUUACCUCUGUCAGUGCGACUGACAGGAGGAGCUCUGCCAGGUCACUACAGAGCUGCCCAGUUUCACUUCCACUGGGGAGGGAGCGGCAGACCGGGAUCAGAACACACCCUUGAUGGAGAAAGAUUUCCCAUGGAGUUGCACAUAGUCCACAUUAAAGAGCCAUACAGCUCUCUGGAAGAGGCCGAACAUGAUAUGGCAGGUAUAGCUCUGCUCGCCUUCCUCUUUGAGGAAACAAUAGAUGACCAUCCUCAUCUAGACACAAUAAUUGCUGCUUUGGGUCAAGUACAGAACAAUGGCAGCAGCACUGUGAUCCCAAACUUUAGACUGAGUUACAUCAUCCCAGCAGCCAAGGAGCUUCACAGUUACUACCGCUACGUGGGCUCCAUGACAACUCCAGGAUGUGAGCAGGCGGUGGCGUGGACAGUGUUUCACAGGAUGCUGCCAAUAAGCAGUCGACAGCUGGAUGCUAUAGUCAAACAGUGCCGAUUUUGGACAGGACAGCCCAUGACAGACAUCUUCAGACCCACGCAGCCUCUAGAUGGCAGAGUAAUACUCAGCUCCAAGUCGGGUACAGCUCAGAAGACUGUGAUCCAUAUGUGGUUCAGUGUGUUCUCUGUUCUGCUCAUGCAAAUGAUCCUGAUACAUAUCAUUUAGACCAUAUAAACGCCCUGGCUUCAGAAACAAAAGCAGUUGUUGUUCAAUAACACUACAUUGUAUAGAGUCCACAAGAUGUCAGGGAGAAAAAAUAACUUAUUUAACUAUACAGUUCCUUACACUAGUCUCAAACAGCCUUUAAUAGAUUUUAUGCUGAGAUUUCUAUGAUGUGUUUCCCUGUUUCUCCUGAAGAAAAUAAUGCUCACAGCAUGAUUGUGCCACCAUCUUUCAGCCAGGGGACGGUGUGUGUGCAAUGUUUCUAUUUUUCAAUAAAAGUACCACCAUUUUAUUUCUAUUUUUAGAUUUUAAAAUAAAAAACAGUAUGCAUAUAUUUCUUCAAUUGAACAGUCCAUAUUUAUGUAAAAUUAUGUCAUCAAAUAGCUUAUUGUGUGACCUUUUGCAAAAAAUGCAAAUAAUUUCACAAAAAAUGUUCCUUUCACUGUUACUGUUGUUGUUUUUCUGGAAAUGCUGUGCAAACAAGACCUACAAAUACAAAAUAAUUCCUUGCUUUGCUAGCAUUUUAUUACCUUAUAUUUAAAACAUUUCUCAAUUCAUUCAUGGCUACAGUUAUCAGAAGCCACUGUGAAGGAUCCACCGAGCCACUUGUGUUUCCAGUUGUCAGGUUCAGGUGAAGGACCAUGUCUUGGUAGGCCUUCUAUUUUAAUUUUUUAGAUGAUGGAUUGACCAGUGCAUUGUGAGUUGUUCAACUUGAGAUACUGUUUUUAGAACAAAACCCUGAACAUCUCCACAUCUUCCGCUGUGUUCCUUAAGUCUUCAUUCUGUUUGUUCAAUGAUGUUCCCCUAAAAAACCUCUGAGACCUUCACAGAACAACUGAGUUAAUACUGAGAUUACGUUACACACAGGUAGACUUUAAAUAAGUGACUUUCAAAAGUCAUUGAUAGUGAAGGAUUUUAUUUAGUAAGCCUAAUUUUUCUAAAUUUUUGUAGUAAAAUAAAUUUGAAAUAUAUGUA